UCAGAGAUUGCCUGAAUGAGGCCUCUGUUGGCGGUUCGGUUGAGGUGAGAAGCAAUCCGACCCAACAGAACCAAGCGGUAUCAUAAUUCAUAACGGGAAAUGUGUUAUAUAUAAAGCAGCAGUGUCAGAUUCUGUAAAUGAGCACAUAGUUAUCAUAUUUGAAGUAGGCUCUUGGAAACGACGGGUUAAGAGAAACUGUAUUUUUGAUCGAGCCAUUUAGAAAAGAGGUGAUGCUGCAAUGUAUAUUGUGAGAAAAUUAAAGUGUUUUUUGACCUUGGAAGCAUGUAAAGCUUUUGUAGGAGACCUUAAAAAAGUGGAACCUUUAAAAUAGCAUAAUAGGGGCACUUUAAGGGUCUUUAUAGCUCAUACACUGCUAAACAAGGCCUGGGCUGCACCCUCCUUCAUGUCUUUAGUAGAUGUCAUGUGGGUUGGGAUUUUUUUUUUUUUUUUUUGGUAAAUCUUUUAGAUCUAUUGCUCUAUUAGCUCAUCUGUGCUACUAACACAGGCGGCCCAAUGUAACAGCAGCAUGAAUAUGUGUGUGGUUUUAGGAUAUGCCGUCCAUUUUUAAUUAAGACCGGUCAUACUAAUCUGGUCACUCUCUGUUCUUAAAUUAUGGAAAAUCCCCCAGCACUCCCCUCUUCAUUACAAUAACACUAUGAACCAGCCCAAAGUGAUGAGCAAAGUCUGAAGUCUGCUACUUCACAACAUUUACUCUUCCAUUGACGCAAAAAUGAUUUUUGAUUUAAAUACUGAUUUGUGAACAGAACUAUCUGAUUCUGAAUUUUUUUUUUUUUUUACAAAAAAAGGAACUUUUCUUGAAACGAAUUUCUUGAAGGUAGAUCAGUGAACAGGUCAACAUUUUUUUUUUAGUUGGUAUGUCAAAUCAGUACUGAGAUUUUCAAAGAUUUUUCCAUCAUGUUCACAGAGACACUAUGAGCAAUAUGAUGGUUUUGUCGUCCUGCACGGCACAGACACCAUGGCUUACACCGCUUCUGCCUUAUCCUUCAUGUGUGAGAAUCUGGGAAAGCCUGUCAUCUUCACUGGCUCACAGGUGCCCAUCUAUGAGAUGAGGAAUGAUGGGAGAGAGAACCUCUUGGGGGCGCUGUUGAUAGCAGGACAGUAUGUCAUCCCUGAGGUUUGCCUGUAUUUUCAUCAUAAGCUGUUCAGGGGCAAUCGUGUCACCAAAGUGGACCCUGGGAGCUUUAACGCGUUUACCUCUCCAAACCUGCCGCCAUUAGCACAAUGCAAUGUCGACAUCAAAAUUAACUGGGACAUUGUGUGGCGAGCCAAUACAACUGCCAGAUUCACUGUCAACACACAACUAAACCGUAAUGUGGGUCUCCUGCGACUCUUCCCAGGAAUCACUGCUGAUAAAGUCAAGGCCUUCUUGCAGCCUCCUAUGGCUGGGAUCGUAUUGGAGACCUACGGCAGCGGUAACGCCCCUGACGAUGACACCGAGCUGCUGGAUGAGAUCCGUAAAGCGACAGAGAGAGGUCUCAUCAUGAUCAACUGCACCCAGUGCCUCCGGGGCACGGUCACAACCUCAUACGCCACUGGCCAGGCUCUGAGUGAUGCCGGUUUGGUCGCUGGGUUUGAUAUGACCACAGAAGCCGCUCUUUCAAAACUCUCCUAUGUGCUGGAAAAAGAUCUCAGUCUAGAAGAGAAGAAGAAGAUGCUGUGUCGUAACCUGCGAGGUGAGAUGACCGCUGAUCUGGACGGAGCAAAGCUUUCUCUCCGCGACAGUCGCUUUAUUCAGAUCUUGGCCAAGUCCCUCAACGUUAGCUGUAACGAGCAUUCACAGGAGCUUGACGCCAUACGAGAUGCACUAACUCCCACUCUGGUCUGCGGUGCUGCUAAGAUCGGAGACACUGACACUUUAAAGGCCAUAAGGGAAAUGGGCUCUGACUUGAACAUGGCAGACUAUGAUGGCCGCUCUCCUCUCCACGUCGCUGCAUGUGAGGGGCAUCUGAAUGUGGUGGAGUAUCUACUAAAUGAAGGGGCUGAUGUCGAUGCCAAAGAUCGCUUUGGUGAUACACCACUUCACAAUGCUGAACGCUUCAGGCAUGAGGACGUUGUAGAAUUGCUAAGGAGGAAUGGAGCUCAUUUUUCCCAGGAUGACAUGGUUGAUGCUGGAAGCAGCCACUAGACGUGAGGAGGAUGAGUUCUUAAAACAGGCGGCUCAGUACCAAACAGUCUUGCUUUCAGACCCCGAAUAUUCCAGGAGAGAACUUCGAAUUCUGAUGCUGAACUAGAAGACGUCUGAAGACCCUCAAGCUUGUGCCAGGCUGCGGCCUUGACUUUCCAUCCACCAAAGAUCCUCUGACUCCAACUAAUUCUCUCUCAUCAACACAACAUCAGCGAAAGAUCAACGGGAGCCUCCACAAACUGCAUCAGGACAGUUUAAUUCAAAUGGGCGAGACAUGCAAGUAUCAAACUUAAGUCUCAUUAUUUGAUACAUUAAAGGCACACUAUGUAAGUUUUCGCCACCAGAGGUCGCAUUUUCAAAACAAUUACAAAGGUGAAGCUUGAUGAUGCUAUGAAGGAGAGAUGUUGAUUUCACCAUACAGAGAAGUAUGAAAUUCACAAAUCAUGUUCAUGGAUGAGGUAAUGAAUUGUUUUUUGUAUUACCUGUAUGUUUGAUCACACUAUUUUAUGUCAUCGUAAUAAAUUCACUGCAAGGAAUGUGAAAUUUAAUGCUAUAUUGCUCUGUUACUGAUAUGUGACUAUUUGGCAAAUGAUUUGGUUGGUUAAUAAUAAAUAAUGCAUAUUAAUAUAUAUAAUAAUGCAUAUUUGCUUACCUGUCUAUUAAAACAUGUGAGAGCGGAGUCUCUGUCAAGUCCAAGUUUGCUGCGAAGUUCUCCUUCAUCUCAAAUGCCAUGCCGCCGAUACUGAUCCUUGUUUUAUUUUUCCGUUUGUGCCAAAGCCUGCUUGUCUCAGUUGAUCUCAUUAGCAGCUUACGUAUAGCAGCACAUUGAAACGGCCGCUAAUGAGGCAUCUAUGUAUAUCUAUCUCUAUGGCUUCUACAAGUGGAAGGUGAGGAUAGCUCAGAAAUAAUGUCACUGAUUCAAUUCGAUUUAAAUUUUCAAGGUCUCAAUUCGAUUUCGAUUCUCAAUUUGAUUUUCGAUUCGAUUUUCAGAUUUGAUUCUCGUUUUUUUUUUUUUUUUUUUUUCCACUGGCCCCACCACAAAAAAAAUAAUGAAUAAAAUAGUUAUUGUUUUUGUUGUUUUUGACCCAUGUAUAGCCCACCUAUAUUGUAAUGAAUAAGGUUAUGACACCCAAUAUUUUAGAAGUGAAAUUUAACAAUUCUUGAUUCCAUUUAAGACAGCUAAAACUACUAAUAUAAAUUUCAAAGAUUAUUAAAGACAAGUAAACUGUCAUUAAUAAAAAAAAAAAUAAUAAUAAUAAUUAAACUACAAGCAAUAGGACAAAUAAACACUGUAUAUAAUCUUCACUGUACAAAAUAAAUAAAGGUUAAUCCUUAUUAAAGUUACAAAAACAUUAUUUAGUGAAGAACAGAGUGAUUUUCUCUUUAGUUUGAUUAACAUUAAAACACAGACAGCUUCUGGAAUUUUAGGUGUCUGUCACUUUAAAACUAAUGCACUGAGACAUACAGUAAUGACACACAUGCGUUCUUUCUCUACUGUUUACCAAAACCGUAACCGACUAUGUUUACCGAGAUACUCGCAAAGGUGGAGAUUUUGAGAGUAAUUUGUGUAAAUUUCUCCGUUUUAGACUCAAUGACAGAUAAAAGAGAAUUAUUUUUCUUAUUUGCACGCUGUCGGAGGCGCGCAGCUCUGAGCUCUUCGGGUGUGUGUGACGCGCACACAAAACUUAUCACAGCGCGCGCGAGUUCUCUUUGACUUGAAUGCUUAUAUUGGCAAAGCUAGAAAACGCGUGCAAAUGAUAAACUUUAAUGACCAUGCAGCGCUGGCUCGAUCGAGAAACCGACAGUUCCUUCAGCUGUCCAGGGCUGCGUUCCAGUUCGUUUUUUUUAAAUGCCCUUCCCUCGCUAACUUCCCUCAGUCUCGUUGACACGGAUGUACGUCAUUGCUUACGUUGCAUGAGUGCCUAAGCCCUUGAUCACUUGAAAUCAGCAAUGGAGCUGAUUCAUUAUUUAUUUUUUCCCUUUACAAAAUUGUUUAAUGCAGCAUUCUUUAUGUAUAAAAGUGUGUUUUAAAUAUUAAAAAAAAAAUAUAUAUAUAUAUGUAUGUAUAUAUCAGAGUUGUUUGUGGUGGGGUAAAUUAAACGCGAUAUGCGGUCAUGUCACAAUUGUGGUCAAAAUCGAGGGAGCGAGGGUCUGUCCAUAUAAACUUCCCUCGUCCACUUCACGAAGUGGAACACACUUCAAAAUGGUGGCAGGGAUUCCCCCGAGGGGAAGUGCUUAGGGAAGUUCACGAGUGCGUGUCUAAAACUGGAGUGGAACGACACCGGCCCCGCUGUGAUAAAUAAGAGGAUGACAUCUAGUGGAGAAGUCUAGUAAUAUGAUUAACGUCAAUCAGAUAUGUCCAAUGUUUGCGUAAAUAUGAAAAAAAAUCGAUACAUGGCUUUUGGAAAUCGAUAUCGUAUCGACCACAUUUUAAAAAAACGAUUAAUCAAAAAAUUUAUUUUUUUGCACAGCCCUAAUUAACAAAUCCUUGGGAACUUUUGGGAUAAUGUAAGUACACAACUUGAUGAAAUAUUUCACACUGUGCAAGGUGUUUUGGGAUAUUUUAUUACAAAAAAUCUUACAUCGUAAAAGCGAUCAUAUUCCAAUUUUGAGGACCCUUCAAUGGCUGCCUAUUAAAUUCAGAAUUGAUUUUAAAAUCCUUUUAUUUGUUUAUAAAUCUCUACGUAAUCUCGCCUCAAUCUAUUUAUCUGAAUUGCUGCAACCAUAUACUCCAUCCUUGUAUAUACUUGUGGAAAAAUCUGCCUUUAGAAAUCAGGUUAGCUCUUUCCCUGACUACUUUUAAGUCUCUCCUAAAAACGUACUUGUUUUCCAUGGAUUGUAAUUAAUCUUCUUCUGUGGUUCUUGUCGUGUUUUUAUGCUGUUAAGUGUCUAUACCUUGUUUUAUUUAUUUAUUUAUUUUUUUAAACUGUGUUUUAGCUGUGUUGUUGAUUCUAUAUCUUUUACUUGACUUCUUCUUUCUGAAGCUCUGUACACUUUGGUCAGUUGUGUGACUGUUUUAUAAGUGCUAUAUAAAUAAACUGAACUUGAACUUACAUAUUGUGCCUUUAAUCGUCCCUACCCCUUUUUAAAGAAGGGCGUGUUAAACUAAGAAACUGAUGGUUUGCUCAAGGCUGUUGAUCUGCUGAAUUUUAUACAAUGUUAUAACUUCUUGCUUUCCUGUAUUCUGCUUCAGCUCUCUUUCCCUUGGUAAACUGUAUGCAUGUGUGUGAGUGUUAGAGUAGUUUCAGUGUUUAGUUAAUAAAGUCUUGUUCGUGUCACACGUAAAGUUGUCCGUGUUUCAUGCUCAUAUACUGGAGUCCCUAAUCAUGCAGAUUUUGACUACAUGCUCUCGGGCAGGGGUGGGCAAACUCGGUCCUGGAGGGCCGCUGUCCCUGCAGAGUUCAGCUGCAGCCCUGAUAAAACUCAC